AUGAAGCAGGAAGGAGAGCCAGGGCCACUCCUGGCUUGGCGCAGCGUUGGAGUUGAAGGUUUCUCCCCCAAGGGCAUCUCUGCUGUGGUCCGCUUCCCGGCUCAGGGGUCCUCAGACACAGCAAAACGGCCCCUGUUAUCAGAUUUCCUUACUUACAAUGGAACUGCAACGAUCCUCGCUCACCGGCAGUUGCCAUCUGAGGCAGAACCAGGAGCAAAAACUGUGGCGGCAAAGGGAGAUGUUGAGAGCUGCAAAGUGUGCAUCACAGCAGCAUCAGCAGCUGACAGCGGUGUAACCGCCUUGGCCUCAGCAGAGGCUGAGGCAGCCGGCGCGCCUUUACAACUGUUCGUCGGUUUGACGAAUGGUCAGCUGUGGCAAACAGAAAUGAAACAGCAGCAGGACCACCACAACAACGAGCCGGGUGUAGAAACGCAACUUCCUCGUAAACUCGCCGUCGCCUCGAAGCAGCUGUUGUGCUGCCGGAUGGCUGAGCCAGUCGACAUGGUUUGCUGCUACGUCCAAGGAGAAGGCGUAUCAGCAUCUUCUGGGGCUCAGGAGCCGCAGAAAAGCAACACUAAAUACACUUUAAUGCUAAUUGCAUUGUACAGCGAUGGCGUUGCCGUUGUCUCGUGGCCUGAAGCUGGCCAAACGACGGAACUCCCUGCUGUGGACGGCGGCUGUCGUAUCACGUUGUCCCCCCAAGGGGAUCGUCUUGCCAUAAGCACCCGAAAGAGGCGUUUAGUUCUGAUGGAACGAAAGGGAAAAGAGUUUACUAUUAUGAAGGACUUUUCACCUCUCAGACUCACUGGCCCAACGGACCAGCCAGCUCAACCAACAUGGGUAGGGGAGGAUAAGCUGCUGCUGCCAGGGGCGUCGCAGCUGCGGAGCUCAUGCAAGGCAAAUGCGUGGGAAGAGGCAAAGGAGGCGCCAGCUCUGACAGAGGCUGACACCCCCUCCCAUUUGGUUUUCCUACAGCACUGUGGCUCUACUGUUGGAAUUAAAGUGCUGGACGGCGCAGUAGAUGCUAAUGGAGAGGCACUCGUUUGCGGUGUAGCGACAUCUGGGGCAAUAUGCAUUUGGAGGAUGCAGCAAAAAGAACCACUUGUGACGAUACGAAUUGGUAGGGAUGCUCAGCUUAGGGGUAUUUACUGCCUGGCCUCAAACUCCCCCCUUGCCCCUUUGUUGCUGCUGCGGAACGACGGUCAUUUGGGCAUUCUAAAUCUGUGCUCCGAGGCUGUGCGGAGUGCCAUUGAGAGGUCAGCAGCUGCAGCAGCAGCUGCAGCAGAAGCUGCUGCUGCCGCUACACCUAGGCGCGCAGACGAACACAAAUCAAAGUCGAAAAAGACUCACAAAUCGCAGAAACCUGGGGUGGAAAAUACAGAGGCUGAUGACACCAAAAACAGUGCCGCUUCUGCGAAGUCAGUUCAAGACUUUUUGAGUCGGGAAGCUGCCGAAGCUUCAGCUGACGAAACGGAAAGUGAAGCGCAAGAAAACGACCUCUUCAACGGGAUGGACCCUGAGGAAAGAACCCCUCCUAAGAAACGCACGCACAAGCACCGUAGACGACCACCGGCGGGAGAAGAAGUGGAAAGCCAAAGCAGCGAAACGGAGUCCGGCGACUCCCGCAGGGCAUCCAUUGAUGGCGAGGGGAUGUAUGGCACUGAAGCCUUCGCCUCCAGCCUCACUGCGUUGCAGUCGGAGCUACAGGAGGCUCAGGCGAUGCUGAAUGUCUUGAUGAAGAAGCAACACGUAACCAAACAGCGGCUUAUCCAUCCAGGCGGUAGGGCUGGCGUGGUCUUGGCAGCGUCAGGGUCCUCUCGCAGCGUUAUGGAGUUUCGCUGCUUUGUGGAUGCGGGAUCGUGGGUAAAGCACUUCCCUGAGGGAGAGACGAUUGUUGCGGUAGCCGCAGGAGAUUCCUUCGUGGCUGCAGUGACCGAAGACAGGACGCUGCGCAUCUUCACCUUGGGGGGGGUCCUGUUGUACACGGCCGACGUGUUUGGCAGGCCUGUCUCGUUGUGUGGCUCGCAGCAACUGCUGAUUGUUUUAACUCAGACUGGAUACAGCGAGGGCUUUCUGCAGCUGCACUGCUCUGUCUUGCACGUGCAUCCGAUCCCUUCGUGCCCCAAUGCCACUUUUCGCCUGCCCAUUUCUUGCUUCAAACGGCGGCUAGCGGCUCCCCCUGCCGCUGCUGCAUCGAUUCCCGAUGUGGACAUAAUCCACGAAGGAGUUGUGCGAGGGUUGCUACCGGUUGCCUCCUCCAACGUAGGGGGACUCGGUUAUGCUUUUAAAUGGGUGAAGCUGUGCUCACUUGAAGAUGCGUCGACAAGCGCACCUCUAUUUCCAGUAGUCAUCGACGAAACGAAAGGCGAGCUGGGUGUCAUACGGAUCAAGGCCGCUGAAGAAGGCCAAUCCUACCCUGACUGCUCCGUUUCUGAAGCCUUUUUCGGCUAUGCAAUGGAGCAAAUCCCACUCCGCAUCCCCUCCCCCGACCUGUGGAGCUAUUCACGGUGGCAGAGGCUUUUGCGGCAAGACAAACAGCUGAAGGGCGUUGGUGACGGGGGAGGGGAUGCCGCUCUGGUGCCCUGGCCUCAGUAUGACGAACUGCGGCUGCAACAAGAAAUGGCCAUUAGGCAGUUAAACCACUUUGUCAGCAUUUGUGGGGGAUCUGCGGUCGGUGGCGCCGAAGGAGAUGCUGAGGCCAGGGAAGCUCAGAGAAAGCUGCAACUUCUCAGCAAGCGGCACGACAAAUUUUGCUUGCGAGGGUUCGCCAAGUGCACAGACGACAAGCGGCUGCAUGGCGUCGCCAAGGACAUGGCGCUGAGACUUAAGACAGAAAAUGCCCCCCAGCACGCUCGUUCACUUCUUGACUCUGAUACACGUCUCCAGGCAGAUCAACUAAGGGAAGCGCUUCUGUGGCAGGAGCAGCAACGCCAACACUUCACUGCGCCAGCAGCAGCACCAGCGCCAGAUACGAAUGCUUUUCAAAAAGAAAACUCUCCACCGCUUGAACAGUCAGCUGAACAGGCGGAACGAAAGUUCCUGGGUGCUGGAGGGACCCCCCAAGCGUUGACAACUGAAAAAACGUCUACUGUUCAGCGGCUGCUUCAGUGGCAGCAGCAGCAACAGCAGCAGCAACGCAAAGGUGGCGAUGGGGGUUUAGUCGCGCUUUUCGAUGGCCAGAAACGCAGAGCGUCUGAAUCAAAUGUCGAUAGGGCGAGCAAGAAGACCUAUUUCCACAAGGCUGACUGA